GUUAAUUAGUAGCCGUACAAUCUACAAACAUUAAUAAAAACAUCCUCCUCAGACCCACCCAAAUAAAAAAGACAAAGAGACACACAUUCCCUCCCAUUACAUAACCGAGGAAGUCCACAAAAUCUAGAAAACACAUACAACAAACACUUAUCACUAUCUCUCUCUCUCUUCCACAACUCUUGUAACUUCAUCUCUUUUGGGUUUUAACCAUUUCUAAUCCUCUCUCUUUCUCUUCCACAAGAUCAAAGAAAGAAGAAGAUAAUUAGGGUUCUUGAAUUCUUACUCAAAUGGCUUUAACAAUGGAUAACUGCGACGGCAUGUUACUAUCUUUGGACUCACAGAAAUCUGUUCCGGCCCCAUUCUUGACCAAAACCUACCAACUCGUCGACGAUCUCACCACCGACCAUAUUGUUUCAUGGGGAGAAGAUGAUUCAACCUUCGUCGUCUGGCGCCCACCUGAAUUCGCACGUGACCUACUUCCUAGGUUUUUCAAACAUAACAAUUUCUCUAGUUUUGUUCGCCAGCUCAACACUUAUGGUUUUCGAAAGAUUGUACCAGACAGAUGGGAGUUCGCAAAUGAGUUCUUCAAAAAAGGGGAAAAACAUCUUUUAUGCGAGAUCCAUCGUCGGAAAACAUCCCAACUUCCGGUAUCACCACCAGGGCAUCAUUACCUUCAACAACCCCAUUCUCCGAUCGGACCUCCCCCUUUCUUCCCAUAUUCAACUCGUUUAAGCAUAUCUCCGCCGGACUCCGACGACCUAGGUUCCGCCACCUGUAACUGGCCACACGAAUCUCAAUCCAACGUCGGAUCUGUCGCGGCGUUGUCGGAGGAUAACGAAAGACUUCGUCGGAGCAACAAUAUGUUGAUGUCGGAACUAGCACACAUGAAAAAGCUUUACAAUGAUAUCAUAUACUUCGUGCAGAAUCAUGUAAAGCCGGUGACUCCAAGCGCCGCCUUUCCUUCGUCUUUGUCGGUGAUGCAGAGCCGUCAGAUUGGGUUUCAUCAGGGAAGUGUUAAACCGGCGGUUCAUCAUCAGAUUCCGAGUAUUUGGGGUGUUAAACCGACGGUUGAAGAUUCAGAUGGAAAAGGUUGUAAAACUAAACUAUUUGGAGUUCCAUUACAAUCGAAGAAGGCUCGUUUGAUUCUGGAAAAAGAUGAUGAUUUAGGGUUGAAUCUUAUGCCACCUUCAGCUUGCUAAAAUUACGAUUAAUUAAUUAAUUAAUGAUGAUAUAAUAUUUAUUAUGAAUUUUGAACUAUUUCUUUUCUCUUUUUUUUUUCCAGUUUUGAUCAUCUCUCAUCUCAUCUUUCUUGUUUCAGAUCGUUUUACUUUAUGUGACAUUUUAGUGUCGAUGCGUUUAUGUACA